GGCCCCGCCGAGCUCCGGGCUGGGCGGCGCGUCCCGCCCUGAGGGAGCUGCGGGCCGGCUGCUCCCUGCUGCGGGCCGGCUGCUCCCCGCUCCCUGGAGCGAGCCUGCGGGAGGCGGCCAGGCCGGCCGGUAGCGCCGCUCCUGGGCCCUUGCUGGCAGCGGCUGGGGCGGGGGCUGCCUGCUUUCCUGCCGGGUGUCAGCGCUGGGAGCCUGCUCACUUCACCUCACGCGGAGCGGUUAGCAGCCUGCAGCUGACAGUGGGACGGGACUGGCGUGACUGCGUGCGAGUGAAAAGCGCUGCCGGGAUCUAAGGUUGAAGCUUGCAUUGCACUUACAGAUCUGUGAAAGUUGCUGUUGCAUAGCUAUGUCUUAACUGAAGAUGUCUUCAUUUUGAUGUCUGCUUCUGAACGUGGUACGAUAUAGCUAGGGAAAUAUUUGAUCAUGCCUCAUCUCCUGAGAUAGCUACACACAAGGAAAAUUCUAGAAAAGUGAAGCUGGAAGAUCUGCAAUCAAGAACAUAAACAUGUUGUGCUGGGGAAAUGCAUCAUUUGGACAGCUGGGGUUGGGUGGAAUUGAUGAAGAGAUUGUUUUAGAACCCAGAAAAAGUGACUUUUUCUUAAAUAAAAAGGUCAGAGAUGUAGGAUGUGGACUGAGACACACUGUUUUUGUCCUGGAUGAUGGGACUGUGUAUACGUGUGGAUGCAACGACCUAGGACAACUAGGGCAUGAAAAAGCCAGAAAAAGACCUGAGCAUGUUGGUGCACUGGAUGCCCAAAAUAUUGUAGCUGUAUCAUGUGGAGAAGCCCACACUCUUGCACUAAAUGACAAGGGUCAGGUAUAUGCCUGGGGUCUGGCUACCGAUGGACAGCUUGGCUUGCCUGGAACAGAGGAAUGCAUCAGAGUGCCCAGAAAUAUUAAAAGCUUAUCAGAGAUCCAAAUUGUGCAAGUUGCUUGUGGUUAUUAUCACUCACUUGCACUCUCAAAAGGAAGUGAAGUGUUUUCCUGGGGACAAAAUAAAUAUGGCCAGCUGGGCUUAGGUUAUGAGUAUAAAAAGCAAAACUCCCCACAUGUGAUUAAAUCUCUGCUGGGAAUCCCUUUUGCACAGAUUGCAGCAGGAGGAGCUCAUAGUUUUGUAUUAACUCUUUCUGGAGCAAUUUUUGGAUGGGGACGAAACAAAUUUGGGCAGCUGGGUCUUAAUGAUGACAAUGACAGGUAUGUUCCUACCCUGCUGAAGUCACUGAGAACUCAGAAGGUUGUUCAUAUUUGUUGUGGAGAAGAUCAUACUGCUGCCCUUACAAAGGAAGGUGGGGUUUUUACAUUUGGAGCUGGAGGCUAUGGUCAGUUGGGUCAUAACUCUACCAGCCAUGAGAUAAACCCAAGGAAAGUUUUUGAACUUAUGGGAAGUGUUGUCACGCAAAUCACUUGUGGCAGACAACACACUACUGCGUUUGUUCCUUCAUCUGGAAGAAUUUAUUCUUUUGGACUUGGAGGUAAUGGGCAAUUAGGUACGGGAACAACCAGUAACAGGAAAAGUCCAUUCACAGUAAAAGGAAACUGGCUUCCUUACAGUACUCAGUGCCUGAUACCCACAGAUAGUGAUCAGUAUUACUGUGUAAAGAGAAUUUUCUCUGGUGGGGACCAAAGCUUUGCACACUACUUUUAUCCACAGAACAUGGUACCGCCAGAUGAUUUCAGGUAUCCUGAUGUUUUGAAGCAGAUCUGGACUGUGAACGAAACAUUUAUUCAGAGAUUGCUGACUUUCCCAUCUGGAAGACUUCCUGUAGAGAUUGCUAAUGAAAUUGAUGGAACAUUCUCCUCAGCUGGGUGCCUCAAUGGGAGCUUUUUGGCUUUGAGCAAUGAUGAUCAUUACAAAACCAGCAGUAGAUUCUCAGGGGUUGAUAUGAAUGCUGCUAGACUACUAUUUCACAAACUUAUACAGCCUGACCACGCUCAUAUAUCACAACAGGUGGCAGCUAGUUUGGAAAAGAACCUUAUUCCAAAACUGAGCAGCUCCUUACCAGAUGUUGAAGCUUUAAGGCUGUAUCUCACUCUACCAGAGUGCCCACUGAUGAGCGAUGCAAACAAUUUCACAACUUUAGCUAUUCCCUUUGGAACAGCUAUUCUGAACCUAGAAAAAGCUCCUCUGAAAGUUCUUGAAAAUUGGUGGUCUGUACUUGAACCUCCAUUAUUCCUCAAGAUAGUGGAACUCUACAAGGAUGUUGUGGUCCACCUCUUGAAGUUGUAUAAGAUUGGCAUUCCUCCAUCUGAAAGAAGAAUAUUUACCAAUUUUCUACACACAGCUUUCAGAGUUCUGGAAAUAUUGCAUAGAGUAAAUGAAAGAGGACAAGUUAUACAGUAUGACAGAUUUUAUAUACAUGAGAUACAAGACUUGAUAGAUAUCAGAAAUGACUACGUCAACUGGGUCCAGCAGCAGAUGUUUGGAAUGGAUGUCAACCAUGGAUUAUCUGAGCUCACAGAUAUUCCUGUUACGAUUUGCACAUACCCAUUUGUUUUUGAUGCCCAGGCAAAGACAACUCUCCUGCAAACAGAUGCAAUCAUACAGAUGCAGAUGGCUGUUGAUCAAGCUCACAGGCAGAAUUUGUCUUCUCUGUUUCUGCCAGUAUUUGAAUCUGUCAACCCAUGCCUGAUAUUAAUGGUGCGGAGAGACAAUAUUGUAGGAGAUGCAGUGGAAGUCCUAAGGAAAACAAAGAAUGUGGACUACAAGAAGCCACUCAAGGUUAUUUUUGUAGGGGAAGAAGCUGUUGAUGCUGGAGGUGUUCGCAAAGAAUUUUUUUUGCUCAUAAUGAGGGAGUUGCUAGAUCCCAAGUAUGGGAUGUUCAGGUACUACGAAGAGUCCAGGCUGAUUUGGUUCUCUGAUAAGACCUUUGAAGACAGUGACUUGUUUCAUUUGAUUGGCGUUGUCUGUGGUCUAGCAAUAUAUAAUUUUACUAUUGUAGACCUUCACUUCCCUUUGGCUUUGUACAAAAAGCUAUUGAAUAAGAAGCCAUCCCUAGAUGACUUAAAAGAAUUGAUGCCAGAUGUUGGCAGGGGAAUGCAGCAGUUGCUGGACUACCCAGAGGACGACAUAGAGGAAGCAUUUUGUCUUAAUUUUACUAUCACUGUGGAAAAUUUUGGUACAACAGAAAUUAAAGAGCUUGUUCCUAAUGGUGCUGACAUUCCUGUAAUCAAACAAAAUAGGCAAGAUUUUGUAGAUGCUUAUGUGGAUUACAUCUUCAAUAAAUCUGUGGCUUCCUUAUUCAGUGCAUUCCAUGCAGGCUUCCACAAAGUAUGUGGAGGUAAAGUUCUUCAGCUCUUCCAGCCCAGUGAGUUGCAGGCAAUGGUGAUUGGGAACACAAAUUAUGAUUGGAAAGAAUUGGAGAAGAAUACAGAAUACAAAGGAGAAUACUGGGCAGACCAUUCUACAAUUAAAAUAUUCUGGGAGGUUUUUCAUGAGUUGCCUUUGGAGAAGAAAAAACAGUUUUUGUUGUUUCUGACAGGCAGUGAUCGUAUUCCAAUUCUUGGAAUGAAGUGUCUUAAACUAGUCAUCCAACCGACAGGAGGUGGAGAAGGUUAUCUUCCGGUAGCUCACACUUGCUUCAAUCUUCUUGAUCUUCCAAAAUACACAGAUAAAGAAACCCUAAAAUCUAAGCUGAUCCAGGCUAUAGAUCACUAUGAAGGUUUCAGUUUAGUAUAACUUCAGAAAUGAGAGUUUUGUGUAAUGUGGGAUCAUUAAACUAAUUUUUUGUGUCUUUCUUGUGGUGGUAAAUUCAGUGGAUUAAAUGAUGGAGAUGAUAAUAUAACUGAUUAUUUGCAAGACGUUCAGUGGUGUGGAUAUUCAUGGGAGCCAAAAAAAAAGACAGAAUUGAGGAACAUUUUCUUGUACAGAACCAUGUGGAUUUCACCAUCUUACAAUAAAAAUUAGAGUAUUGUGAAUGGGAGUCAAGUUUCACUAACAUGAAUUAACAUUUCACCUUAUACAAACAAUUUGGCGUGUGAGUGCAUGAGAGACUUGCUUAAGUUUUUCAAAUCACUUAGUAAGAACAUCUAUCUCUUUCCCUGAUAAAAUUCACUCGGUAACUUUUCAGUUUGUAAAUAAUAAAUUUUUGUGAUAAAAUAA